GCACCAGUGGCUACGGAUAUACCAUGCUUGCUGCGAACAAAAAAAACAGACACAUUUCCCAGCUCUUGGAAUAAAGCGGCGGAGCCGAGCGCCCGGGAGCGAGAGAGACAAAAAGGAAGAAGCUAGGAACAAACAAGCAUGAGAUCCUCCUCCUAUUCCCUCGCCUCCCUCUUCCGCCGCUGCGUCGCCUCCCCUCUUCCUCCUUCUUCUUCUUUGUAUUCUUCCUCGGUGGUGUUACCCUCCGUCCCCGUCUCCGCUUCUGUCUCGUUUCUGAGGAGUGGGAGGAUUCCUCCUCCGCCGCAUUCGGCCGCGGCAAGGCUCGAACUGCGGCGUGGUGGACCGACCCGAUAUGGAGGCGCCGCGGCGAGGAGGUUGUGCGGCGUCCGGGCGGCGCACGUCUCCGACUCCGGUUCCAUCGAUUCCCCCAUGAUGCAAUCCAUGGAGAAGAAGAUCAAGGAGCAACUAGAUGCAGAUGUUGUUAUAGUCAAAGAUGCAUAUGGAGAUGGUCGACAUGUCAGCAUUGAUGUAAUAUCAAAGGCAUUUGAGGGACAAUCUACAGUUAAUAGGCAGAGGAUGGUGUAUAAAGCUAUAUGGGAGGAGCUCCAGAGUACCGUGCAUGCUGUUGACCAAAUGACUACCAGGACUCCCUCUGAAGCAGCUGCAGAAAAUUAAUCAUAUGGGUAAGAGGAAAAAAUGCCUGGACAAUGUUCCUUAUUUAUCGCAAGUAAUACAGGCCAAUUUGCUUUUGUUCUGUAACAAUUCCUGCUACUUUAAUUUAUUUGCAUGACUUGGAUCAGUUUUGUGCUUAAUUUGUUUUCUGUAACGAUUAUUUGCUUAUGGUUUCAAAGGUCCAGCCUUAUCAUCAUAUUCUCCAAA